AUGUUUUCUUCCAAAACUGAGUAUGACAGAGGUGUAAACACCUUCAGCCCCGAGGGACGAAUUUUCCAGAUUGAGUACGCGAUUGAGGCGAUUAAGCUGGGAAGCACAAGUCUUGGAAUCCAAACCCCCGAUGCGGUUGUAAUUGCCGCUGAAAAGCGGGUUCCUUCCGUGCUGGUGGACCCUUCCAGCAUGAAUAAGAUUUUAGAGAUCGAUUAUCACAUGGGAACCGUAUUGAGUGGCAUGGUGGCGGAUGCACGGAUUCUCGUCGAGCAUGCUCGUGUGGAGGCGCAGAAUCACCGUUUCACCUACGAUGAGCCAAUGCGCGUUGAGUCGUGUGCGUUGGCCACCUGCGAUUUAUCUGUUCGAUUCGGUGAAAGUGGGGGACGCAAGAAGCUGAUGUCCAGACCAUUUGGCGUUUCACUUCUUAUUGCCGGUGUCGAUGAAAACGGUCCACAGCUCUGGCAAACAGACCCUAGCGGCACCUACACACGUUACGACGCUCAAGCGAUUGGUGCUGGUGCCGAAGCUGCUCAGACCGUGUUUAAUGAAAUUUAUCAUCGCAACAUGACUGUUGAGGAGGCAGAAACGCUUGCAGUGCGAAUCCUGAAGCAGGUGAUGGAAGAAGAACUGACCAAAAGCAACAUUGAGAUUGCCAUUGUUCCUGCAUGUACAGGCAAGCUGGAAGUAUAUGAUCAGACAAAAAUACAAAGAAUCAUUGAUCGACUGACGGAAGAGUAA